AUGGGCAUUUGGAUUACUAACAGAUUUUUAAUCCUGUCUCACAGCGGUGGCGCAGCAGCUGGAGCAGCUCGUAGCGCCGCUGUGCCUCAGACAGGUUUUGGUGCUCCCGGCGUAGGAUUCGGAGCUAAUGGAGCUUUCAGCGCAUCCUUUAACUUCGGCGCCGGUUUUAGCGGUGGUGCGGGCGGCUCACCAUUCUUAGGAGGUGGGGGCUUCCCUAGUUUUCAAGCCGGAGCAACAACAUCUCAGUUUGGUGCUGGAGGCGGUCAAGGAUUCCAGGCGGGAGGAUCUUCAGCUCAAGCGGGAACAUCUCAGUUUGGCGCAGGCGGUGUAGGACUUCAGGGGGGUGGAUCUUCAGCUCAAGCAGCAACAUCGCAGUUUGGCGCUGGAGGCGGUCAAGGAUUCCAGGCGGGAGGAUCCUCGGCUCAAGCAGCAACAACCCAGUUUGGCGCAGGAGGCGGUCUAGGACUGCAAGGGGGAGGAUCUUCGGCUCAAGCAGCAACAACCCAGUUUGGUGCUGGAGGCGGUCAAGGAUUUCAAGCUGGAGGAUCCAUGGCUCAAGCUGCAACAUCCCAGUUUGGCGCAGGUGGUGGCCAAGGAUUCCAGGCGGGAGGCUCUUCGGCUCAAGCUUCAACAACCCAGUUUGGUGCUGGAGGCGGUCAAGGAUUUCAAGCUGGAGGAUCCAUCCCAGUUUGGCGCAGGUGGUGGCCAAGGAUUCCAGGCGGGAGGCUCUUCGGCUCAAGCUUCAACAUCCCAGUUUGGCGUCAGGCCCCAACAGUACUGGCCUUGCCGGCGCUGUCCAGGCUUCUCCCAAAGGCGCUGCACAGACUCUUCCUGAGGACAUCGUCUUCCCCUCCGCACGAGAGGACGCUGCGAGAGGAGUCCAGGAUGCCUCACUGGGAGCAGCGUCAGUGA